AUGGACAAGUCACAGAUGGGGGAUGAUAUUGGAAGAAUACCCAACACCAUUAUCCUUCCUGCUUGGGAGGACUAUCCACCAGGGCUCAAAAUGAAAGCAAAACUACUGUGGCGGAAGUUUACCGAUACUGUCGUCGGCAUGUCCACGUUAAUUUAUGCUGCAAAAUGGGAUGUACCAAAGGACAAGAGGACCGGGAAGUCGAAAAGACAUCCAUUAAGUUUGAACAAGAGGGUCGAGUUGGGUCUUGCGUAUCACUCGUUGCUCAACACCGGACUCGCAAACGGCAGUCUUCGAGGCCUGAAGAUCAUGUGCGCCUCUGGUCUCUACGACCAUUGCAAAAAGCUGAUCGAUGAGGCAAAGGAGCAAGGUUAUGCGCGAAAGGAGUGGGUACUGGUGAGCUACGAAGGGAUCCAGUACCCGCAGUGGCUGGUGGGAAUAUGGCCUCUCAGCGUGUUCCUUCCUAACGCGCACGCCCGCGUCGUCUCCGACCGCGUGGUUGCCGUCCCCUUCGGCAAACAGUCCUACCUUCGCGAAUGCAUCGUCCGCAUCAAGUCAGUGCAGCUCGUCCGGAUCCAAACCGACCGCGAUCCUAUCAUCCACCAGGACAGACGCACCGAACACAUCGUCCUGCAAAAAAUCAACCUCGACGGCGAGGAAGGCGAGUGGAAGGUCUGGGGCACCAUUGACCCUUCCAAGGAGGAACUCCAUGAUAUUCUCGACGGCAAACACCAGGAUUCGAGCCCGAAUUCUUUUGUCCAGGAAUUUAAGUCCAGGGUCUCGUCCCUGAGCGGCAUGAACUUUUAA